AUGGAGGCACCCGAACACCUGACCAGUACGACAGCAGUCGAUACUGGGAAUGUGGGCCUUCCGGAAAAUAUCAAAGCAUGGUUUGCCCCAAAGGAAAAGUCUACGAUCCUCGAAAGAGAAUUUGUGUUGAAGGAACAUGCUCUACAACAAGGUGCGUUGAAGGAAGUUUUCAACCUUUGCAAGAAUGUGGACAUUACAAAACUUGUCACAAAGGCGAAUGGUAUGAAGCAAGGUGCAAUCACGGGAAGAAAUUCUUCAACGGUAGAUGCACAAAUGAGGAUUGCCCUAAAACUUACGGUGAGAGGACAUCAGUUUAACAGUAAUUUCUACUUACAUGUAAUGAUAGUAAUGUAUUACCCUGCCUGAAU